AUGAAUGAUAGAGAUUUAGUUAAUUUGAUUGUAGAUGAUUUACAACCAUUUAUUACAGUUGUUAAUGAAAACUUUUGCAAAUUUAUUUCACAUUUAAAUAAAAGAUAUAUUCUACCAUUAAUUUCAAAAUUUAAAGGAUUAAUUUUUAAUAAUAUUCAAGAAUUGCAACAAUUGCUUACUCAACUACUUCAUGAUAUUAUGAUUUUAGUAAAUUUUAUAACAGAUGAAUGGAUAGCUUAUCAUCAUCUAUAUAUUGAAAUCCCUUAUCCUCAUACUAGUUUAAAUAUUGCAAAAAAACUUGCUAAAACAUUUGAUCAUUGGGAAUUUAAAGAAUGUAUUUUUGCUGAUAUUAGUGAUAUUGCUCCAAAUGUUGUAAAAGCUAUAUCAGAUUUAAUUGAAUUGGAUUAUGAAGUUGAACACAUUCGAUAUGCAGCAUAUACAAUACAAUAUCAGUUAAAAAAAGUCUAG